CUGCAUGGAUCACUUUGUCGAGUUUAUUUUACAAUUUACCGUGUAGCAAAUAAUCAUUAUUACUUAGUUCUUGAUAUAUACCAUAAUAAUGAAAAUAGCUGUAGAAGGUUGUGCCCAUGGAGAACUGGAUAAAAUAUACGAAUGCAUUGAAACUUUGCAAGAAAGGGAGUGUAUUAAGAUUGAUUUGUUAAUUUGUUGUGGAGAUUUUCAGUCUGUUCGCAAUAAUGACGAUCUUAGAGCUAUGGCGGUCCCGGAAAAGUAUCAAAAUAUUUGCACUUUUUACAAAUAUUACAGUGGUGAGAAGCUAGCACCAGUGUUAACUGUUUUCAUUGGGGGGAACCAUGAAGCAUCAAAUUAUUUACAAGAACUUCCUUAUGGUGGUUGGGUUGCGCCAAAUAUUUAUUAUAUGGGCAGAGCUGGUAUUAUUAAAUUUGGCAAUUUGAGAAUUGGUGGUAUAUCAGGAAUUUUCAAAGGACAUGAUUAUUUACAAGGGCUAUGGGAGUGCCCACCUUACACACAUAAUUCAUUAAGAUCAGUUUAUCACAUAAGAUCAUUAGAUGUGUACAGAUUAAGUCAAGUGAGAGAAAAAAUACAUGUAAUGUUAUCACAUGACUGGCCCAGAGGUAUUACAGAUUACGGGGACAGAGAGAACUUAUUAAGAAGAAAACCUUUUCUAAGAGAAGACAUUGAAAGCAACAAACUUGGAAGUCCUCCAGCGGAAAAAUUGCUUCACAACCUGAAGCCAGAAUAUUGGUUUGCUGCCCACUUGCACUGCCAAUUUGCUGCUCUGGUUAAACAUGAAAAUGAUGAGGAAACCAAGUUCUUAGCUUUGGAUAAAUGUUUGCCGAAGAGAAGACAUUUGCAAAUACUGGACUUGCCUGCAGAAUAUGAUGGUGAUAAACUAUUGAAGUAUGACGCUGAGUGGUUGGCUGUAUUGAAAAAUACAAACCAUCUUCUAUCUGUAAAAAAUAUUGAUUGUCAUCUACCUGGGCCGGGUGGGAAUGAAAGGUAUGACUUUACCCCAACUGCAGAUGAAAAAGAAAGUAUAGAAAAUGUAAUGUCUAAUUUAACAAUAGAUAGCGCAACAUUUGUGAAAACGGCCCCUGUUUAUAAACCUGGAACUCCAAAAUGUCCACCCAGGGAACCUUUAUUAAAUCCCCAAACUACAUAUCUUUGUGAGAAGCUAGGAAUUGAUGACCCUGUCCAAGUUAUUAUAGCCAGAUCUGGACGAACUAUGAAGCAAAUAUAUUGUGUAGAAGAGAAUACGGAGCCUCAAGUUGAAAGAACUCCAAUGAAAUGUUCAAAACUGUCUCUUCCAGCUCCGAUUACUCCUAGUGAUAAUGAAAGUCAAGAUUUAUCACAAGAAAAUACCACUUUUACAACUGAGAACAGUUUUUUGUUAGAUGCGAAUACUAUUUCAGAUUGUAUAACACCUCCAAGUGUAACUAAAAAAGUUUUUAAAAGACGCAACUUAGCAAUAUAUACCCCUGAUCAAGAUGAACAAAAUGUAAGCAAUACAAGUGACACAGAUGAUAGCAGUCCCAGAUCAAGUAAAUUUCAUAGAAGUAAUGAAUUAGAAUAAAAUAUAAAUAGAAUUAAAUUAGCAGGAGCUAUUUUUAAUAUAUUAAUUAGACCAAUUUGACUCAGGUAAAUCAUGUUAUUAAUUGUUAAUAGAUAAAUGAAUUUCAAUGAGUUCUUAUUAUAUCAUUGUUUUAUUUAUUUAUAUUAUUUUAGCAAUGAAAUUGGUAGUGUUUUUUUACACAUAAUUUUAAGUAACAAG